UUGCAGUUCAGAGCGCCGCCAUAUCCCGCCAUGUUGGUUACCCAAUGCUUUGGAAAGUUAUAUUGCUCUCCUACAAGAUUUGCUGGACUCGCACUUUCUUUUAAGCGAAAUGUGAGUUACUUGCCUAAAGCAGGACCAGGUGGAAGGUCAUCUUUCAGUGGAGUGGUAGCCACAGUGUUUGGUGCAACUGGAUUUCUUGGGAGAUAUGUCAUCAACAGAUUAGGUCGUCGUGGAAAUCAGAUAAUUGUACCAUAUCGGGGAGAUGAACAUGACUACCGGAACCUCAGGAUGAUGGGGGAUUUGGGACAGAUCAUGUUUUUUGAUUAUCAUCUAAAAGAUGUUGAGUCUGUGGCCAAAGUUAUGAAGCAUUCCAACUGUGUGAUCAACUUGAUUGGCAGACAGUUUGAAACAAGAAACUUUACAUUUGAGGAUGCCCACAGUGAGGGAGCAAGGGUUAUUGCCAAAGCUGCUCGGGAAGCAGGAGUCAAACGCUUAAUUCAUGUGUCAGCACUUAAUGCCAGUGAGGAUAGCCCAUCUAAAUUUCUACAGUCAAAGGCACAUGGGGAGGCUGCUGUUAGAGAGGAAUUUCCUGAUGCUACCAUUGUGCGACCUGCAAAAUUUUUUGGCCAUGAAGAUCAGUUUUUGAACUACUAUGUGUAUCUUGGUAAUAUUCCUUUUGGUAUUCCACUUAUUGAUGGAGGCAUGAACACAACCAAAAGGCCCGUCUAUGUGGCUGAUGUUGCCCAAGCAAUAGUAAAUGCUGUUAAUAAUGAUGAGAGCAUUGGACAAACAUUUGAACUUACAGGCCCAGAAGAAUAUUACUUGCUUGAUAUUCUGGACUACAUCUAUCGGCUGAUUAGGAAAGAGCUUCCCUACUACAACAUAUCAAGAAAUAUGUACAACCUUGUAGCCUGGGUCAUGGAGCAGUCUAUAUUCAACCCGCGUCUUACACGAGAUAUGCUGUUUAGGGAAUUCCUAUCAGACCAGGUUACACCAGGUUUACCAGGACUGAAAGAUCUUGGAGUUGAACCUCAUUCAGUUGAAGAUAUCGCCAUAUCAGUUCUUCGGCGCCACAGGGACUGCUACUUCUUUGAGGAUUCCAUCGAUAGCGAGGAACCUUGUAGACCUACCAGCUCUUACGCAACUCAAUAACACUGCCCGUUCUUUUCAGUGAAGAGAGCUUUAAUUAUAUAUUAUGACUUCCACACCACCACACUCUCCGUGCUUUUUCAAUUACGGUUUUUUCUACUUUUUGUGUUCAUGGUUAAGACAUGGACGUGUCUUGGAUAUUUGAAAUUGAUUAUUAUUUCUUAUUAUCAGUUAUGAUAACCUGAAGGUGAUAAAUAAAGAUGGUACUUAA